GGUCUCACUGGGGUGGGGGGGCGCUGGUGGGGUAGGAGAAACACCCUGGAGCCCGAGGAGAGGACGGCAGCUCUGCUUAACCUCACUGCUAACAUGUUGUACCUCGAGAAUAAUGCCCAGUCCCAAUACAAUGAGCCGCAGUAUACAAACUUGGGGCUUCUAAAUAGCAUGGACCAGCAGAUCCAAAAUGGCUCCUCGUCCACAAGCCCGUACAACACGGAGCACGCCCAGAACAGCGUGACGGCGCCCUCGCCCUACGCCCAGCCCAGCUCCACCUUUGAUGCCCUCUCGCCCUCUCCGGCCAUCCCCUCCAACACAGACUACCCAGGACCUCACAGCUUUGACGUCUCAUUUCAACAAUCCAGCACUGCAAAGUCGGCGACGUGGACGUACUCCACUGAACUGAAGAAACUCUACUGCCAGAUCGCCAAGACGUGUCCCAUUCAGAUCAAGGUGAUGACUCCGCCGCCCCAGGGCGCCGUCAUCCGUGCCAUGCCCGUGUAUAAGAAAGCGGAGCACGUCACGGAAGUGGUGAAGCGCUGCCCCAAUCACGAGCUCAGCCGGGAAUUCAAUGAGGGUCAGAUGGCUCCUCCCAGUCACCUAAUCAGGGUUGAAGGAAACAGCCAUGCCCAGUAUGUGGAAGACCCCAUCACCGGGAGGCAGAGUGUGCUUGUGCCUUAUGAACCACCCCAGGUCGGCACAGAAUUCACAACCGUGUUGUACAACUUCAUGUGCAACAGCAGCUGCGUCGGAGGCAUGAACAGGCGUCCGAUUCUUAUCAUUGUGACGCUUGAAACUAGAGAUGGGCAAGUCCUGGGCCGUCGGUGCUUUGAGGCUCGGAUCUGCGCUUGUCCAGGCCGGGACCGCAAAGCCGAUGAAGACAGCAUCCGGAAGCAACAGGUCUCCGACAGCACAAAGAACGGUGAUGGUACGAAGCGCCCUUUCCGGCAGAGCACGCACGGCAUUCAAAUGACAUCGGUCAAGAAGCGGCGCACUCCGGACGAUGAGCUGUUAUACCUGCCGGUGCGAGGCCGGGAGACCUACGAAAUGCUGCUGAAGAUCAAAGAAUCUUUGGAGCUCAUGCAGUACCUUCCCCAGCACACGAUUGAGACAUACCGGCAGCAGCAGCAGCAACAGCAGCAGCACCAGCACUUGCUGCAGAAACAAAACUCCAUCCAGUCCCAGUCUUCGUACGGGUCCAACUCUCCUCCGCUCGGCAAAUUGAACAAGCUGCCUUCGGUCAGCCAGCUCAUUAACCCACAGCAGCGCAAUGCCCUGACGCCCACCACGAUCCCCGACAGCAUGGGAGCCAACAUUCCGAUGAUGGGGGCUCACAUGGCCAUGGCUGGUGACAUGAACGGGCUCAGCCCGACGCAGACGCUGCCCCCCGCCCUCACCAUGCCAUCGACAUCUCACUGCACGCCGCCGCCGCCUUACCCCACAGACUGCAGCAUUGUCAGUUUCUUAGCCAGGCUGGGCUGCUCCUCCUGUGUGGAUUAUUUCACGGCACAAGGGCUGACCAACAUCUAUCAGAUUGAACACUACUCCAUGGAUGAUCUGGUGAGCCUGAAAAUCCCGGAGCAGUUCCGCCAUGCCAUUUGGAAAGGCCUCAUGGACCACCGGCAGCUCCACGACUACUCCUCCCCGCCCCACCUCCUGCGCACGCCCAGCGGAGCAUCCACCGUCAGCGUGGGCUCCAGCGAGACCCGCGGGGAGCGGGUCAUCGACGCCGUGCGCUUCACCUUGCGCCAGACCAUCUCCUUCCCUCCCCGCGACGAGUGGAACGACUUCAACUUCGACCUGGACGCCCGCCGCAACAAGCAGCAGCGCAUCAAGGAGGAGGGCGAGUGAAAGAGCCCGGCGUUCCCUCCCGCCCCUCACCCACACCCAUGGACCUCCUGGCUGCUUCCGGCCUGUUCCGC